AUGAGUCCUUCCGGUAGGCCCGCGACAUUAUUUCAAUUAUGGAUCGGAGUCAUUAGUUUGUUAGUGAAAACAACUAAAUCAUUGAAGCAAGUGUUAGAUGGAGUAUCUCUGCAUAAGUCAGAUAAACUCUACAAUGUUUUCAAUGAAAUGAACUCAACGGUCAACUGGAAAUUCCAAAUAGGUUACAUUGUACAACAUGAACUUGUUUCAACUUGGAUAUCGAUUCACAAUUGGAAAUCCAAGGUGGUUACAAUUGAACAGAUAGUUCAUAGUAAUAACGUUCUACAAAAAGCUGAUUGGAUGGACUCAAAGACGAAGAGUAAGGCGUUCGAAAAACUUCGAUCAAUGACCAUUGUACAUCCAAGUAUAUUCGAAACUUAUACUGAUAACGAGAUUGAUGAAUACUACACGAAUUUGGAAAUAACGCCAGGAGAUUUUCUUCAAACAUUUGUAAACAUUACGAAAUUUAAUGAAUACCAAUAUAAAUAUACGUUCAGAAAACCUGUCAACUUUUCUAGUUGGACUCAACAACUGCCUCCUAUAAAUGUGAAUGCAAUGAACUAUGUAUUUACUAAUAGGCUAUACUUAUCGCCAGCUAUUCUCCAAGGAAUUUUUUUCAAUGAAAGCAGACCUUGUUACAUGAAUUACGGAUCUGUGGGGUAUGUAAUUGGACAUGAAUUUACUCAUGCUUUUGAUAACCAUGGCAGAUAUCAUGAUUAA